AUGAAAUCUUCGCCCGUGCCUGCCCUGGGAACACCAAUCGCUUCGGUAUCACCGACAACGGCGCUCCGACCGUUGUCGCUGUCACGGGAGACCCGCGAAAACUUCCGGGCAUCCCCGCACGUACCCCUUUACAGGCAAGAGACCCUGCUACAGGACAUUCCCGAAGUCGCAAUCAUGGAAGCCGUAGAAAUUAUACCUCGCGUGUUUCCUGACUUGAGCUUUAUCCACGUCGCCGAUUUUAUCCACCAGCUCCGGACCUCGCGAAAGCGCAUCGUCGUGCUGAAGCUCGCUUCGAUUCUUGCUCUCGCUGCUAGAAUCAGCCCGUCGCUCCUCGCGGAUCCCAAGCGCUCGCGAUGCCUUAGCCAACAGCUCUCGGCCUAUACGCAGCAAAAUCUAUGGCCAGGGCUGGUGCAGGAGCCGGACACGGAUACCAUGCACUGUCUGCUGCUCACUGCGCAGGAUGGCUGUUCGCAUGCUGCAAGGCCUUCAGGCGGUAUCAACACGACCCCGGCAUGCCCCCGCGAAUCACCACAGUCGGGGCAAGCCAGGGAAUGCAUAUGGCGGCGCGAAGUCCAAUGGCGCACUACAUGGGCGUGCUUUGUCAUGGAUAUGGCCAUGAGUUGCGGGGAAGGGCGCCCCAGCAGCCUCGAUCGUGCGUCGCUCAAGAUCAAUCUGCCAUGUACCGAUGACGAAUUUGACCUUGGUGUGCCGGCUGCAAACCCUCUCACGUACUCCCAGCUUCUGAGUACGAAUGCCGAGAGCCUAGGGAGAAAAUUCACCAUUGCCGACCAUAGUGCCGUCAUCGUGAGAAGUGGAGAUAUCUGGUUCCGUGCCUGCAAGUGGGUGGCGGAAGGGGGCCGCCGCAAGUCGUCGGUUGUGAAUAGUUGUCCAUGGGAGACGGAUUCAGAAUGGCACCAGAUCAAGACCGAGAUCUUUGAGUGGCGGAGGAUGUUGGACAGCAGCAUUAAAUACCCGCAAACACCGGUGGCAGUUUAUGUUCGCCGGCGUCAAGCUGAGUCAUUCGCCUUUAUCAAUCUGAUCCACUAUCUAAGUAUCCUCAUGAUUUAUCGAGAGUAUCUUCCAUUUGUACCCAAAGACCGCAAUGAGGUGAUCUGCGGCCCCAUCCAACCGCCGCUACUCCUCAGGCAAGCGCCUCAGGGUUGGUGGCAGGAGUACUACGACAUCCUGUUCGACUCCUCCACACGCAUUACCCAGAUCAUCACAGAGCUUGAGGAUGCCCACAUCUCUCUUCUGACACCGCAUACCGGGUAUUGCGUAUUCUCCGCUGCCAGCAUGAACGUGUACCGCUCGGCGUUUCCUUGGGCUGACCCCGACGUGUGGCCCCUAGGACGGCCAUGGCUCCAAGUUACUCAGCAAACCGAGAAGCUGUAUCAGCAGGUAAACUGCGGAAACUACACGUGGAAAGACUCGCAAAAGUUUGUCCACCUAAUACGAACCAUGGAGCAGUAUGGCACUAUUCAAGAGUCUCGCCGAGCCAGCACGAACGAACAAGAAAGCGAUAAUGGCGGGGCAUCAUCACCGCAGUCUGAGCCUGGUAUCAGCAGCCAUAGGGCAAUCCAUCUGCAUCCACCUCUCGUCUAUCACGGCGCUGACGAAGUGGAACCCUAUCGAUCCCGCGAGAUGGAUGACGCUUCUCAAGCGCCGCAGGAAGAGACAGUUAUGCAACCCGAAGGAGGGGGACGGUUUGGAGAUGAUCUAAAUAAAGGUAUUGCCCUGACCAAGCCAAAUUUGGCUAAUGGCCGCAAGAUUCUCGAUGCUUGCGGUGGCGCAGCCGUGGCUGUCAUCGGCCACGGAAACGAAGAGGUGCUUGACGCCACGGUCGACCAGAUGAGACGCGUAUCGUACGUCCAUACAGCCGCCUAUACAACCGACUCCGCAGAAGAACUCGCGCGAUGCAUUUUAUCCUAUCCGCCAAACCCUCGGCACGGUCUUGAGAAAGCCUUCUUCAUCAACAGCGGGAGCGAAGCGAACGAAGGGGCGAUGAAAAUGGUGAGGCAGUACUUUUGGGAAAAAGGCGAGACGCAGAGGGUACACUUUGUAAGCCGGCAGAGGGGGUAUCACGGCAACACACUCGCGGCCAUGUCCAUCUCAACCAAUCCGGCUAGGAAGAUACCUUACGAGGACUCAAUUACCCUGCCCAACGUGUCCCACGUAUCGCCGGCGUACUCCUAUCGUGACCGGGCCCCAAGCGAAACCGAGGAGUGUUACGUUGCACGUCUGAUCGCCGAACUUGAUGGGGAAUUUAAGAGGAUUGGAACGACGAGGGUUGCGGCCUUUUUCGCAGAGACGGUGGUGGGAGCAAUGUGUGGUUCCCUAGCAGCGCCAAGGGGCUAUUUCCAGCAGGUGCGAUCCCUGUGCGAUAAAUAUGGGAUCUUGCUAGUCCUCGAUGAGGUCAUGUGCGGCAUGGGCCGCACUGGGACUUAUUUCGCCUUUGAGCAAGAGGAUAUCCAACCCGACAUGGUAACGAUUGGAAAAGGGCUGGGUGGUGGUUACGCCCCGAUCGCGGGAAUCUUGAUGAGCAAAAAGGUUGUUGAUGUUCUCAGGGCUGGUACGGGCAGCUUCAACCACGGCCACACUUAUCAGGCGCACCCCGUCUCGUGUGCCACAGCACUCGCGGUGCAACGAAUCAUCCAACGGGACGGACUCGUGCAGCGGUCUGCGGAGAUGGGUCGUAAGCUACAGCAACUCCUUCGGCAAUCAUUCAGCGGUUGCGCUUACCUUUUGUUCGCGUCCAAGGUGCAAAUGGUCGCUUUCGAGAUGGGCGUUGCGGUGUAUCCGAGCCCCGUUACGAGUGCUGGGUCAGAUCGGGACCACAUCCUGUUAGCGCCUCCGUUUACGGUUACUAAAGAUGAGCUAGAAAUUGCCGUUCAAGCUCUCAGGGCAGCAUACGAUGUGCACGAGGUCGAGGAUUGCCGUCUCAAGGGUCGUGUGUUUAAGAAUAUACCUGCUGCCGGGGGUAGUAAGGACCAGCCAACAGAUACCGGCGGUGCAUUCACCUACGACGCGCUCUCGUACGUUUGGGAGGCCGACGUCCCCGAGAACCGCACACACCUCGUCUGCGACGGCCACACAAUCAGCAACGUGCCGCGCAAUUUGCUCGCGUUCCUCCAAUGCCUCCAGCGCACGGGUUUCCGCCGCGGGGACGGAUCCAUCAGCAGCAACACGGAAAAGGCGCGGCAGGUGGCGCUCAUGGCGGAGAUUUACAGCAGGGCGAAGAACGUGCUCGUAUGGCUCGGGGUGCCGUUCGGCGCGACCCCGGAGGAGGAGAAAGAUUUCGCGCUGCGCGCCUUGGGCAUGAUCGAAGAGACCAAGGCCUUGCUGCCCGCCAUCUCCAUCGACGACCCCAACGCCAUGCACGCGUCGAGCCUGGCGUCCAUGGCGCCGCAGAUUGCGCAGCUGGAAAAGAUGGACUGGGUGCCCCUGCGCUUGCUUUUAGUAGCCCUUGGGAUGUUGGCGGACAUGGCUAGCUUGCUGGUGGGCCACGGGUUCUACGCGCUCCCGGUUUUCCGCGGGCUUCUGCCGGAUGGCAUGACGUUGGGUAUUCGUUUGUACAACCUGACCCAUAUCCGUGGGCUCGCCCACUUCCGGGAAAAACGGCAGCUCACCUUCCUGGACACGGUGAAGAUGACGCGCCAAUUCCGGUGCACGAGACCAGAAGAUCACGUCUACGCUACGCUCGCGCUUUCGCCGGAAAAUGACGCGCGAGACGCGACCGCGCCGAAUAGCGCGAUCAAGAUCUUGCAGCGGGAUGACAUGUACGACAUACCCCCGCUGAAGUUUUCGCCAGGUUCUGCAAGUACAACCUGGAGAACGGAGAUGAGUAUUCCCGAGGUCCCCCACCUUGCCUUGCCCUCAUGGGUUCCCGACCUCCGACGACAAAAGGUGGACGUGCUGUCGAGCCAUAGCAUGAAGAUGUUUCACUUUGACGCAGGAGGCCGCGAUCUCGGUCCGGGAAAAUACCAGAUUGCAGGCAACGUCUUUUCUUGCCGCGGAGACGCCUUGCGCCAGAUCGCGUGGUACCGUGAUUGCGCGCGGCUCGCGUGCGCAUCCAGCCCAGGCAGCGGCGCCGAGAUAUCCGACAUGAGCGAGGAGCGCUUCGACGACUUUUGGAAGACAAUCACGACGGGGCGGCUCUUCCUCCUAGAUAGGGUUGACCCUUCGGUGGACUAUUCGGCCCCCAUGCGCAAGUUCUUCACGGGACUACAGACCCUUUUCUCCACCGAAGACGCGGAGGUGGCUGCCAAGGCGGUGGAGGCGUACAUGCCACUCGCGCCCACGAUGGACGUUAACCUGAGUAGUAACGGGUUUCGGCGGUUCGCGUCGACGAGGGACGGACGGCUGGCCUUGUGUCCCGAUGAGGCGAAGCCUGGAGACGAGUUCUUGAUUCUUCCGGGAGGGGAGAUUCCUCUUGUUGCGAGACGAAUAGGCGGUUGCCGCUUUGAGCUGAUUGGAGACGCAUAUUUGAGCAGGAUGAUGGAUGGUGAGAUACUGACGAUGGGGGCUCAGCUGGAAGAUAUUCAGUUUGUCUAA